ACUCUCACCGGCCCAAUAUGACCACCCUAUUUUUAUAUAUAAAUAUGUGGGUAUAUAUAUCAACAUUCUUGUAUCAAAUUACUCCAAAAUUCAUUACAUAAAAAUGUCAAAUUGUGUGCAUGUAAAAGAAGCUGAUUUGAUCACCCCUGCGGAGCCAACCCCAGUUCAUAAUCUUCAGCUUUCUACUCUAGAUUCUCAACUUUUUGUACGUUUUACAGUUGAGUAUCUGCUGGUGUAUAAACCUUGUUGUGGCUUGGAUAAAUUUGCAAUUAUAGAGAAUGUAAAAGCCGGGUUGAGCCGGGUUUUGGUUCCUUACUAUCCAUUGGCUGGGAGAGUGAGAACUCGGGCCGAUGGGCUUGGCCUGGAGGUGGUUUGUCGAGCACAAGGUGCGGUUUUUCUUGAAGCAGUUUCUGAUUCUACUGUUUCUGCGUUGGAGAAAUGCCCAAGAAAUUGUGAGCAGUGGAGAGAGUUCUUGUCGUUGUACGCGACGGACGUACUCAAUGGCUCGCCGCCGUUGGUGGUGCAACUGACAUGGCUAUCAGACGGUGGCGCCACCUUGGCUGUUGGUUUUAACCACUGCUUGUCUGACGGCAUAGGCAGCGGCGAGUUUCUCAACUCGUUCGCCGAUUUAGCCGCUGGCAGACGUGGAAAUGGUCAGUUAAAGCCAAAACCGGUGUGGAGCCGACAUCUCUUGUGCCCUACCGUAUUCGGGACAGCUCAGAGUAACAAACUGAGUCAUCACGAGUUCGGAAGUGUCCCCGACCUUUGUGGGUUUGCUUCAAGGUACAUUCAAGAAAAGCUCGUGCCCACUUCUAUCACAUUCGACAAAAGAAACUUAAACGAGUUAAAGAAAUUGGUGGCACUAACGAGUGAAAUCAACAAUGAUGAUCCAUGCACGUCGUUUGAAGUUCUCUCGGCUCACGUAUGGAGAAGUUGGGCUAGAGCAUUGAAUUUACCAUCGAAUCAAAUUUUAAAACUCAUCUUCAGUGUAAAUAUUCGCAAACGAGUCAAGCCGAGUCUACCGAUCGGUUACUACGGCAAUGCAUUUGUUUUAGGCUGUGCCCAAACAUUUGUUAGAGAUUUGACAGAAGGUGGUUUGGGAUAUGCAACUGAGUUGGUGAAGAGAGCAAAAGAAAGAGUGGAUGACGAGUACGUGAGAGAAGUAGUGGAAUCAGUGAGUUCGACCCUGGCGAGUGUUGACUCAGUUGGUGUGAUGAUCUUGACACAGUGGUCAAGGCUGGGGCUAGAUAGUGUUGACUUUGGAAUGGGGAGACCUGUUCAGGUGGGACCCGUGUGUUGUGACAAGUACUGCAUCUUACUGCCUGAUGCUGAUCAAACGGAUGCUGUAAAAGUAAACGUGGCAGUCCCUACAAGUUGCGUUGACCAAUACUUGCACUAUCUCCGGAGCACCUGCACCUCUUGAUGAUAUGAUCCACCGAAUCAUCACAGGUCAAAUUAAAAGUGAUAGAGUCAGAUUCAUACUGAAAUCAGAUUUUAUUGACUUCUAUAGUUGACAAAUAUUUCAAUCUUUUUCAUUAUUACGGAAUUUUAGUUUUCUACUAUGGAUUACAAUGAGGAUACCAAAGGUUGUCAAUCUAUAAAUUUGGGUCUGAUUGAUGAGGCAUGUUGGCCUAUCUUCAUCCAGCCCUUAAAUGGGUCUAAAAGUGACAUGCUGGAAUUGGUUAAUGGAUUGGAGACUGAUUUGCAACUUCAAAAAAAAAUUCAAGGGCUCUCUUGCAGAAGGCAAACCAUUUGCGGACAACUUUUCCACACACAAAAAUUUAGGUACUGAAUAGUUUACGUCAGAUAAUUCAAGGAUUAAUUUGUAAAAUCUGGACAAUUGAGGGGUCAACUAGGAAAGACAGGGAGCGAAUUGCACUAAAUAGAAAAGAUCCCCUUCUUGUGGGAGAAUAACAUGGAGAGUGCUUCCCAACCUCGAGGUGAUAAGCUAAGUUCAUAAAGAAAACGUAGUGCUUUCGGAAUGUUUCGUCUAGAGCUUAGGAGUGCGGAGAGGCUGGGAACUUCUUUAUUUAUCGCCUAAUGCGCUCCUAGAUGCAUGAUUUUGUGAAUUUUUAUUUAUUUAUUUUUUUUAUCUUCGAAUUUUA